AGGGUUUGACCUGUCCACACAAAAAUAAGAACCAGUAAUUUUCAUCUUUUCACAUAUAAAGUAUAAACCUCCUUAGGCUACAGCUCUCACUCCCCCACUCAUUUUUCACCUCCUUGUCUUCUUCUUCUUCUUCUUCUUUCUUCUUCAGCUUUGAAAAGUCUCUCUCUCUUUUUUUUUUUUUUCUUUUUUUUUCUCUUCCUUAUCAGCUGCGGAAAAUGAGCUCCCAGAUUUUCCGAUCUGCUUCUAGAGCAGCAAGGUCCUUCUUUUCUGGUUCUAAGAGCUCUCGUUUUUACUCUGAAGGGCAAGCUGUAGCUGCUGCUGCUGCUGUAGCAUCCAAGGGAAAGUUGCCUCUUGUAGCUUCCUAUUAUGGAAAGGCCAACUCUGGGAAUGCUACUAGAGGAUGGAUUUCAGGAGCUCUUGCCCUCCCUGCAGCAGCCUACAUGCUAAUGGACCAGGAGGUUCAUGCAGCAGAGCUUGAGCGCACUUUCAUUGCUAUCAAGCCUGAUGGAGUGCAGAGAGGACUGAUUUCUGAAAUCAUAGCCAGAUUUGAGCGGAAAGGUUUUAAACUUGUAGGAAUCAAAAUAGUGGUUCCUUCAAAGGAUUUUGCUCAGAAGCAUUAUCAUGAUCUGAAGGAAAGACCUUUCUUUAAUGGCCUGUGCGACUUCCUCAGCUCUGGCCCUGUUGUUGCAAUGGUCUGGGAAGGAGAGGGAGUGAUCAAGUACGGUCGAAAACUCAUUGGAGCUACAGAUCCACAAAAAUCAGAACCUGGAACUAUAAGAGGUGAUCUAGCUGUUGUUGUUGGAAGAAAUAUCAUUCAUGGAAGUGAUGGUCCUGAGACUGCGAAGGACGAAAUCAAGUUGUGGUUUAAACCAGAGGAAUUAGUUAGUUAUACAAGCAAUGCAGAGAAGUGGAUCUAUGGAGUCAACUGAUGAAAUUUUCUUCUUUGGUUUUUUCGCCUUUUAGAAUAUUCCGGCAAUGUUAUAUCCCACAUAAAGAGCGGGGAGGGUAGAAAAAAGAACAUGAUUAUUAUAAUAAAAACUGUUUUGUUGAGGUGAGUGACAACAUUUACUUUGCACAAACAAUUAGUGAAAUGGAAUUUCAUGAAUAAUUAAAUUCACCACUUCUUCAUCA